CUCCGAGGGAGCGGCUCCAGCAGCGGAAGCUCGGCGGCGGCCGACGCUGCUUUCUGCCCUGCCGCGGUUUGUUGUGGUUCGGGGUGAGAGAAAUGGGGCCGGCGGAGCUCCUGAUCGCCCUGGCAGUCUUGUCGUGUGCCUUCCGCGGCGGGUCUGGCGCGCCGGCACCGCCGGAGAAAGUGCCUUCACCAAGCAAUAUUGUCAUAGAUUCAUAUAAUUUCAACACCUCUGUUCGGUGGGAUUACAAAAGUGUGUCUUCAAAGACUCUCUUCACUGUGAGCAUCAAGUGCUAUGAAGGGGAUGGUGACAUGGAAGUUGAUAACUGUGUAAACAUAACACAACACUAUUGUGAUAUCACCCACAAGGUUGAUCAGUUGUGUGAUACAUUCUGGGUGAAGGUUAAAGCUCUUAAUGGACUGCAUGAAUCUGACUAUACAUAUUCAGACCGAUAUCAUCUGUUCGAGAAUGGCCGAAUAGCACCACCAAAAUUUAAUAUCUACAUUGAGAAGCAUGAAAUAAUAGUGGAUACUGAAAUUCCUCUCACUCCAUAUGGCAAGAAGUUCCCACUUACUUUAAGGGCAAACAUCACAGACUUCACCUCCAGAGUGUUCCUUUGGGAAAAAGGACACCCGAAAAAGCGUCAAAAAUUUGAGGCAGAGGACUGUAGUGAUACAUCAUGUACCAUAUAUAUUCAUGUUCCUUCUUCGGAAAGCUUGUAUUGUGUUUCAGUUCAAGGAUUUUCAGAAGAGUUUGCCAUUCAGAGUGAAGAAUCUGAAGAAAGAUGUAUUGACAUUCCUCCUAAACACUCAUCAGAUUUAACAGUGCCUAUAACUGUAGGUGUUCUUGCAGUUCUUCUUUUGGCGGGAAUCUUUGCAGGAAUCUACAGAUGGUUCAGUAAGAAACAGAGAACAAUUAAACUUCCUAAGUCUCUGGCUGCUGUGGUAAGAAACAUGAACCCAGUCAACUUUGACCCCAAGCCAGAGGGCAGACAUGCUGCUCUUAUAACUGAACCAGACAUUAAGCCAGAGUCGGAUCCCUCAGGAGAGGCCACAGGCCUCAGUGACUCUGACCAAGAAGCAGAUACACUCCACUCUCGGAGAACUUCAAGUCUCCCUGAAGGCAUUAUUGUGGAAAUCUCUGAAGGUGAACAGAGCGCCAAAGAAAAUGAAAAUUAUUUUAGAGAUCUCAGUGGCGAAGAAGAGAUGUGUAGCAGUGUUCCAAAUCUGGAUCUUCCCAAUGCAGAUGUGGAACAACCCACACUCCCAGAUAGCUGCAGAAACAUUUCUGGCUAUGACAGGCAUCGUUGGCUUCCUCCUGAUGUGGAAGAACGGUUGAAUGCACAGAGUUCCAGUGACAUAUCAGAAGCCUAAGAGAUCCGUUUCUCAAUCUGAGAGAGAGCGCGAAGCAAUUACUUUUGACUAUCACAAAUAUCCAUUGUAAAGGUUUAUAAGCACUUUGGCUUAUCUGAAGUAUUCUGCUACGAAUUUGAAGUAUUGUAGAGUUGGAAGGGAGCCCGAGGGUCAACUGGUCCAACCCCCUGCAAUGCAAGAAUCAUAAUCUUUUGCCCCCACUGUGGGAGGCAGUCUGCAUUUUUUGAAUACCAGCUGCAGGAAACCUCAGGAUGUGAAAUGCUGCUGUGUUUCAGGCCCUGGUUGUGUGCUUCCUGUAGGCAUCUGCUUGGGCAACUAACCAUGAGAACAGCAUUCAGACCUUGAUGAACCACUUACUGCAAUUUUUUACUUCUCAUAAUAUAUGCGUUCAUGAUUUAUGAUGUGAAAUUUGAAACUAUGAGUUCCCGAUCUUUAAAAAAAUGUACGUUGCAAGCUAACACUCAAAGAAGAUCUGACAGUUUUAUUAUAACCAAAGACUUAGUUUAACUGUACAGCUACACACACACUGCUCUAGAGAAGGGCUUCAGCUAACUUUUCUAAUAAUAGCUAUAUAGAUACAGAUAAAUAAGUUUCCAUAAAUAUCCUCUAGCAUUAAAUUGUACCCUCCCCACCAGCAUGCUUGGGCCUUGGUCUGUGGUCAACUGAUUUUAAUGCCUCUCUAGAUACCUUCCCCUAACUGUGUAGAGAGGAUAUUUUCUGGUCUAGUGUAGUUCACGCUUCCUUUUCUUUGGACUGAUAGUUGGAACUGAUAAAACUCUCUUUGCCACAUAGAUGGGUGCAAAUACAGGCCGCGUCCCUUGCGACUGCAAAGCCUGUGAGCUACAGCCAUGUAUAAAAUGAAGUAUGUGUGAACUGAUAGAAAUCACACACCCUUGUUUGUUUGUUCUCAGGUACCAUGCUCACUUCUGAACAUGGCAUUAUUAUGAGCAAUAGGUUCACAAUAAUGAAUCUCCCCAAACUGCAUUUUCAUUUCGCCCACUGGCAAGGCAGCGUUUAAAAAUCUGAUACUCAUAACAAGACACAGCUCACUUGGAAAGGGGGGGAGCCUAAUAGAAUGACAAUAACACACCAGAUGCUCCAGCCUCAUAAAUUAGGAAAAGAUUAUGCAUAGCCAGCUGUACAAUAUAAAUGCCCAGUUUUUUAUACUGCACCAUGACUCUUGGUGUUUAUCAUAUGGUCUAGCAUCUGGUCAGCCCUGUCCACUUCCUAUAUAUCUGCUCUGCUUUAGGGGUUAUUUAUAUUCAGGGCUUUCUCCCCAGUUUGUAUUGUUCCUUAGUCUAGUCUAGUCUAGUCUACCUAUAAUAAGACACAAAUGUGGCCUGAUACAGGGGGGGGGGGCACACACCACACAGUGUCAAACAGGGACAAGACAGCAAAAUGGGGAAGCAAUGCACAAACUGGCGUCACAUGGGGAACUGAAUAGACAAAGUCGGAGGAUUUUUGUAUAGUCUUCCUUUUUACUGCAGAUUCAUUGUGUAUGUGCAUUGCAGUGUGUGCUUACCCACUGCAGGAAGAGCUGCUUGACCUUCCUAAACUAAUGAACUGUUCAGCAAAAUAUUCAUUUGUACCUGAGAUUAUCAAGGCGUUUGGGAGCCAUCUAAAUAGUGUUCUGGAUUUUUCAACAAUCUACAGAUAGGCUGGCUCUGCAGAUGGCUGAAGUGUCCACCCAUCCUGCCAGUAGUAUGUCGUAGGAGAUGUAACCACAGAUUGGGAAGUACCUACAUUUGCUGGGGGUGGGGAGGAAGUGACAAGUAACCAUAAGGGCCACAAUAACUCUCUCCUGAAAGGUAGGCAUUCUGCCACCCACCCACACUAUAAACCUAUGAUACAGGAAGUGCACCAUUUAUUCUGAAUUGGCUCCAUUAGCCCUCAGUGAUGUCACAGUGCCAAGUCAGGUGGGUUAUUGAGUGUUGGGGAUGCCAUCGCAUCCACAUUGUGUUGCAUGAGAUCACAUUGUGAGGAAGAAGCAGUUCCAGUGGACAAAGGGGAAUAUGUGCCAGAGCAGCUACUGACUGACUAUUCAGCAGCAAAAAAGUUCGUCCUGGUUUCUUUACAGGUGGGUGAUUAAUAUGGUGCUCCCAGUUAAACUUCAAGUUUGCAGCUUUUAUUUUAUUUCUGAUUAUUUCUCUGUUUAUAUCUGAGAGCCAUAUCUGUGGUUAGCCCAGGGUUUAGCACUGAUCUGUAAUGUGGCUUAUCUCCCACCUCUCUGUCCUUUGACCAACAUUAGCCACAAAGUUCUAAAAAUGCUGUGUUUGAAUUAUGGGCAUGGAAUUUAUAAUCCAAGCUUGUAACAUUAAAGCACUUUUAUACGGAUUUGUUUUUAAUUACAUGUUUGUUAUAAAAAUGUGUGUGUGUCUUUAUAUUUCUUACUUUCAUAAGUGACUAUUGGCUGGAAGCCAAAAUAAACGUUCCUU